AUGGAUUAUGGGCAUCUAGAGACAGAAUAUGGCCAAGUUAACCUGCUAUUACUCAAGAGUUUGCGAAAAAAGGUUAAUUUGGAGAUCAAAGAAGAGCGACGAGAAUUUAUUUGUCGAAUUUAUCCCCUAAUCAAUGAUUGGACGGAUAAAUAUCCAGAUCUUGGAAGCAUUUUUCGCCCCGAAGAGCUUGAUUGGCUUCUUUCGGAUUCCAUGGAUCUCAAGUAUUUAGGCCCUAAUAAAAUUAAAGGAGGGCAAUUUAUCGAGUUUGUGACUCGCAGCGGCUACAAGGACAAGCCUAACGUCGAUGAGAAUGGCAAGCCAUUGUUGCAACGCACCACGGCGCUGCUUCAUUCGGCUAAACUUGUUAUCAGUAACAAUAAAGAACUGGUCAGAUGUCUUUUUACAAUAUAUGACAGAUUCGACGCGAAUUACAUCGAUGAACGAGGCCUCACACACUUCCAUAUAGCCUGCAGGCAUGAUUUUGACGAUAUCGUCAAGAAAUUUCUAGAGCAUGGGCUAGAUCCCAAUAUACCUAAAACAGAAGAAGUUAGUACGCCACUAAACCUGACUAUAGACCACAAACGCAAAAAGUGUUUCGAAUUACUGUUGCGAAAUGGCGCUAAUCCAAAUGGUGCCGACGAUGAGGGACUGACUCCUUUGCAUCGACUGUGCGAGAAAGAUGUCAAUUAUGACUGGAUGGAGCUAUUCUUUCAGAUCAACGAUGACAUUCAGCGGACGGUGUUGGUCGAUGCUCGGGACAAUGACGGCGAAACGCCAAUGCAUACGGCUCUGUACCAUGAAGAAAUCAAGAAAUUCAAAUUUCUGCUGAAAAGAAGAGCCGGUCCGAAUAUAGCCAACGAGGAAGGAUUGACUCCUCUUCACAUUAUUUGCAGCCGUAAAAUCGACGAUGACUUGGCGAAGAUAUUCUUGAAACUGAACGACAGCAUCCACCAGACGGUGCAGAUUGACGUCCGGGACAAAUUGGGCAACACCCCAUUGCACUGGGCUUUGAGCUGCGGCAACAAGAAGGUGGCUGAAAUACUGCUGAGAAGAGGCGCUACUAUAAAUUUGGCCGAUCAGAAUGGAUGGACUCCUCUGCAUUUUUUUGGCACGAAUUUCAGUUAUCAUAACUUGAUGAAGAUAUUAUUCGAGAUCCGCGACAAGAAACAUCAGCCGGUGCAUCUCGACGCCAAGAACAAGAAAGGCGAUACGCCGCUGCACUUGGCUCUGAGCUCCGCCAACAAGAAGGCGGUCGAAUUGCUGCUGAGAAACGGCGCUGACCCGAAUUUGGCCGAUGCGGAUGGGUCGACUUCUCUUCACUUGAUUUGCGAGAGAAACGAAGACGAUGACAUGGUGGAGAUAUUCUUCAAAACCAUCGAUGCAAAACAUCGUCCGGUGCAUAUAGAUGCUCGGGACAAGUUGGGCUGGACACCACUGGAAUCGGCUGUGGCGAAUCUUUUGCCACACGUGGUCGACGUUCUCUUGGAUCAUGGCGCUGAUAUAUCAAACUUCAGUUUUCCCAAUAACAGCGAUUUUGACCUAAUCCUACCUAAUUAUCUGGAUUAUAAAUUGGAACUAGCGUCUAGGGUUCUGACUAUCGUCGAAAGUCUCGAGAUAAGAGGAUAUGAACUAAAUCGAAACGAAAUCCUGACGAUUAUGAAAUUUUUUACUAAACAUAAAUUGACUGAUAACUCAGGGCUUGACGAAUUUUGGCAUAGCAACGAAGGCGUCUUGAGCAAGGCGAAGAAGAUAUUGAUGAAUCCAAGCAUGUCGCUCUAUGAACUGAUUCGGUCAAAAAACAAGUUAUAG